GCUGUCGGAGGCAUUUCCAGGUGGAACCAUCUGCACUUCCGCUUGUCAUUCAACGAGCCCGUAGUAAAACAGGCUUCUUCUUCUUCUUCUCGGCUCCUCUGACUCAGGAGCAGAACUGUGACCCGACAUCAUGACCCUGUUUCACUUUGGAAACUGUUUUGCUCUCGCGUAUUUUCCUUACUUUAUAACAUACAAGUGCAGCGGCCUUUCAGAGUACAAUGCCUUCUGGAGAUGUGUCCAGGCGGGUGCAACCUAUCUGUUUGUCCAGCUCUGUAAGAUGCUGUUCCUAGCUACAUUUUUCCCCACAUGGGAAGGAGGAGCUGGAGUUUAUGACUUUGUUGGGGAAUUUAUGAAGUCAACAGUGGACCUGGCAGAUCUGUUGGGCCUCCAUCUUGUCAUGUCGCGCAAUGCCGGUAAAGGGGAGUACAAGAUCAUGGUGGCUGCCAUGGGCUGGGCAACCGCAGAACUCGUCAUGUCCAGGUGUCUUCCGUUGUGGGUGGGAGCCAGAGGGAUAGAGUUUGACUGGAAGUACAUCCAGAUGAGCUUUGACUCCAACAUCAGUUUGGUCCAUUAUAUUGCCAUGGCAGCAGUGGUGUGGAUGUUUACGCGAUACGACCUUCCUAAGACCUUCAGGCUUCCUGUCACUGUGCUGCUGGCUCUUUGUGUCUACAAGUCCUUCUUAAUGGAGUUGUUUGUCCAUGUCUUCAUCUUGGGAAGUUGGACAGUGCUGCUGGUCAAGGCCGUGCUGACUGGUGCCAUCUCUCUCUGCUCGCUGUUUCUUUUCGUCACUCUUGUCCACAGCAACUAAAUCAACAGCAGCGCGGAACAAGCCUUCAACACUCUGUUGGGUCCUGAGUGGCCCAGGGGGGUUGUCAUGAAUCAGAAGCUGACCCCUGACACCGUAUCAGUCUUAGUCUCAACAUACAACCCCAAAGACUGCUGAAAAAGGCUCGCUGAAAUUCCAUAGUUGCAGUGAUCCAAUCUACAAAAACCGGGAUGACCUACGAGCCAACAAAUGAUCACUUAACCGGUUUAUCCAGUUAGUGUUGAUGAACCUGUAUGGUCUGAAGAUGGGAGACGUGAACUCAGUGUGCAGCUUUGUUUCAUUCAGGACAAAUGGUGACAUCGGGAGGCUUCUGAUUGGCUGUGUUGGUUUGUGAAAGGGUGAAAUUUGUAUUUCAUGACCACAGAUUAAAUUAAACAAUGUGAACUUUAUAAAUAACACUUUUCUUUUCUAUUUGUUGUCCGAUGCGCCAGUUUGAAUCCUUAGAUUAGAUUCACUGAGUGGAUUUCUAACCGAUGAAUGACAGUAAUAGCUCUUUGAUAGUUAAUUGUGUGGCCACAAUUGUAUGAAUUUAUUUAUAUCCAAAUAAAUGUACAAGUAGUUAAAAUAAAACUGUAGACAGAUUGUUUUGAAAAUAUUGGUUUAAUUUGAAAACAGCUGUAAUGUUAAUAAACUGAGCUUUACUCAGCAUCGUGAUAUAAUGUUGAGUUGUAAACAUCUGUGAUUUUGACAUAAACGUCUUUCUCUUGUUUAAA